GACCUAUCUUUUAAUCGAAUUGUAGACGUAUCACCAUUAGUAAAUGUUCAAUCUUUAAAAGUUUUGAAUCUGAGUGGAAACAUCAUUUCAGUUCUUCCGUCUGUACAAUUAAAGGCACUUCAGGAGCUCACUGUACAGGAUAAUCCAUUGGUGUUUCCGCCAUUCGACAUUGUUUCGCGAGGUCUUGCCCACAUCCUCGCCUUUCUCUCCAGAAAUAAGCAGAAAGGACUGUACUCACCACCAUUGCAACAGGAGCAGUAUGGAGAAGAAGAAGACUUAGAGGAAACGUCAAGCUCUCGUCAAAGUCCAAACCACUCAUCUGACACCCUGCUAUCAUCUACCGCGUCGCGACCCAGUUCCGCCAUGGCUGUACUUACCUGGCAGCAGUGUAACUCACCUUUAACGUCCAAUAGAGGUCAGAGGCACAAACCUUUUAUUAGAACUGGGUCCAGUCACUUCGAAAGGCAUAUUAUCCGGCGUCGAAGCAGUCAGCCUGAAUUCUACAAACACGAUGUCACGGAAUCAGGAGAUACCGAUUGCUCCAGUGUCUCACUGUCUUCACUCUCGGAGGAGAGAAUCAGUGCUUUUGAGUCGCAACAGCCUUGCAGCUCACAACAACUAGAGAAAGAAGGGUGUCACAGAAGAAUGAGCUCUUCGUAUCUUUCAAUCUCCUAUAACCAGCAGGUAAGGUAUAGAAGUUCCACAUGGCUCCUCCUUACCAUUCCUCAUUAUAAGGAACAAUUGUUUUAUAAUCCUCUUUGUAUGAUUGAAAAAAUGAACCAGGAACACUGCAGGCUAAUUCUCGGAAGUUCUGAUAGGCCUCAGCCCCCACCUCGCAGCACUCGUGAUCGGAGGAUUAGUCCAGCACCUGCCUUGAUAGUUCCUUCUGCAGUUGCCAGUGGAUGCAAGCUUUAUGUUCGGCAGAGGACACCUUCUCCUCCUCCGCGGAAACCACAACCAUUGGUGCCUCUCCCGAGAAUGUCGAAUGCAAGUUUGUCCAAAGCUCGACCUCUUCUACGUCCACAGCGCUCUUACUCUCCCACAAUGCACUCUCCUAGCUCUCGUCUUCCCAAUGAUCGAUCUCAAACGAGGGUAUUCUAUUUUUAUUUCACCUGGCAAAUGAUGGUCAAACACAAUUAUCAAGGACCAUCGAUAAAGUUUAUCAAACAGAUUGCCGUUAAGCGAGUAAAACAGAGGGGGGUGGUUGAGGGUUCUGAUGACGACUCUUCAACGGACUCAUCCUGUGAGGAUCUACCCGUCCCACGUCUUCGAAAUCACUUUCCACUCAAUGUUACCUCGUCAUUGUCCACCCAACAUCAUUUGACGCCUCGUCCCAGGCAAUCCAUCCCACCCAACGCCGCAUCCCUACACCAGCAUCACCGUUAUUUGAAGCAUGGUCAAGCUACCGAGUCCGUUCAGCCAAAGGUGAAUCCAAAUCUAUUCCUGCGGCAACAACUCGCUUCCCAGGUGAGGAGGCGGCCAUAUAGAGAUGACCGUUCAAAUGCAACAUUCUCUCCUUCCUACGAAACCCUACCAUCCCCUCGGCCUCUCUAUCCUCAGACUCACCAAUACGACGAAUUGUGGCGAUCCACCGCUGAAUCCCUCCGGAUGGUUUGUUGUAACACAAUUAUUAUACCAUCAUCAUGUAUUUUGGUUUCCCAUUUGGAUAUCAACCUGCCAUCAACACCGGUUGAGUUGGCAAAUGAGCUCAAAACGGGGAUUUGUCUGGCAGAAUUCCUCAACAGCUUUCUUGGUUAUAAGGCAAUAAAAAAGGUUAGCCGGUUUAUUGCUAUUUACGAAGUAUCUGGAAGUUCGUGGAGGUUUCGUGCGCGUCAAAAUUUGUUUAGUAGCCGCGAGGUAAUUCACAAUGUCGGCGUUCCAAAGCACCGACUCUUCUCGGUCACUCGAGUGCUGGCAGGGGACACAACUGUGGGUCUGUUUGGACUACUGCAUUGCCUCCAGACUCUGCUAGAGGUGUGGGCGAGCAGACCAAGCACUUUCGUGCUCGGCGGAUUGGGAGUACGAGAGAAGCUCACCAACCAGCCCACGCCUUACCGCUCUCUCCUUGGGGACAUUACCACCAAUCGUCGCAUACAUCAUCAAUCUCAACAGCGAAAUCGCUAUCCCACUCUCAACUCCAACUAUGGCGUCGGUGUCAACGAUUAUGGUGGCGUCUUUUCCGACGUUUAA